AUGGGCGCAUUAGAUGAAGGGUAUUUGAAUCUGGAGCUUGACUUUGGAAUGAAAAAUGGCUGCCUCGAGCUUGCUUUCGAGCACCAACCCGAGACUCUAGCAAUCGAAGACGCCGUCAAACUUCUCCUGGAAGGUCUUGGCGAGGAUGUCAACAGAGAAGGCAUCAAAAAGACUCCUUUUCGUGUCGCCAAGGCCCUUCGUGAAGGCACCAGAGGUUACAAGCUGCAUGUGAAUGAGUUUGUGCAGAGUGCUCUGUUCCCAGAAGCAGGUUUAGAUGAAGGAGUAGGGCAAGCAGGAGGAGUGGGAGGACUCGUUGUUGUGAGAGACCUCGACCACUACUCCUACUGUGAGUCUUGCAUGCUUCCUUUCCAUGUGAGGUGUCACAUAGGUUACGUUCCUUCAGGGCAACGUGUUUUAGGGCUGAGCAAGUUCUCUAGAGUCGCUGACGUUUUCGCCAAGCGGCUUCAGGAGCCUCAGCGUUUGGCUGAUGAUAUAUGUUCGGCUCUCCAGCAUUGGGUCAAACCUUCUGGAGUCGCUGUUGUUCUCCAGUGCUCUCACAUCCACUUCCCUGGCUUGGACUUGGAGUCUCUCGACAUGUCGAGCCACCAAGGGUUCGUGAAGCUGCUGGUUUCGUCCGGGUCAGGAGUUUUCGAGGACGAAAGCUCGAGUCUUUGGGGUGAGUUCAUGAGUUUCUUGAAGUUCAGAAGCGUGAAGACGCAAGCUUUGUGUAGAAACGGAGGCUCCGUGAGAGAUUGGUGCCCUAGCGUGAGAACUUCGACAAAGCUCUCACCUGAAGAAGAUCCGGAGAUGGUCUCUGCGGUUGUUUCGAUUCUGAAAUCUUUAGGUGAAGAUCCGUCGAGGAAAGAGCUCGUUGCCACACCAGCUCGGUUCCUCAAGUGGAUGAUGAAGUUCCAAAACGCCAACUUAGAGAUGAUGAAGCUGAACGGUUUAAACGGUGUCAAAGCUAACGGAGAGAUGAAAGAGAAGAGGCUGAAGUUUGAACUGAACAUGCCGUUCUGGUCAAUGUGUGAGCAUCAUUUGCUUCCUUUCUAUGGAGUUGUUCAUGUUGGCUACUUUUGCGCUGAAGGAUCUUCAAACGCCAAUGCUGUUGUUGCAAGCUCACUCGUGAAGUCGAUUGUGCACUUUUACGGGUUUAAGCUUCAAGUGCAAGAGAGAAUGACUCGACAGAUCGCUGAGACUUUAUCUCCUCUUGUUGGAGGAGAUGUGAUCGUAGUAGCUGAAGCAGGACAUACUUGUAUGAUCUCUAGAGGUAUUGAGAAGUUUGGAAGCAGCACCGCGACAAUCGCCGUUUUGGGUCGGUUCUCGAGUGACGAUGCCGCAAGAGCUGCGUUUCUUGACAAGAUCCAGACGACAACUGCCUUGAAGACAGACUCAAGCUCCCAAAUUUGA